GCUGCUUUUCACGAUCGAUGGCGACGAUGACGACAAACAGCCUCUCGCGCAAUACUUCAACAGUGCGGACUGGAUGUUCGCAGAUCCUCGGUAUCAGGAUGAGAGCUUUGACGCGCGCGUGGCCCCGACAUUCAGUUUCACGCCCAACAAAGGCGCGCCGAACAG